GGAGCGCAGCAGCCGCGGGGCGGCGGGGCCGGGGCCGGGGCCGGGGCUGGGGCUGGGGGCGGCGCCGCACGCGGCGAUGGGGCGGGGGCGGGCGGCGGCGACCGCGGGACCGGCGGCGGCAGCAGCAUGAGGGGCGGCGGGGAGGGCGGCGGGGGGGGCCCCGAGCCCCUCUCCAGCCUGCGGGCGUUCGCCAGCAGCUCGUCGCUGCACGGCAUCAGCCACAUCUUCGCCUACGGCGCCGUGUCGCUGCGCCGCGUGCUCUGGAGCGUGUUCUUCCUGGGCUCGCUGGGGCUGCUGCUGCUGGUGUGCGCCGAGCGCGUCGCCUACUUCCUCACCUACCCGCACGUCACCAAGCUGGACGAGGUGGCCGCGCACAACCUCACCUUCCCGGCCAUCACCAUCUGCAACCUCAACGAGUUCCGCUUCUCCAAGAUCACCCGCAACGACAUGUACCACGUCGGCGAGCUGCUGGCGUUGCUCAACGACCGCUACGAGAUCAGCAACCCGCAGCUGGCCGAGCCCGACGUGCUGGCCGCGCUGCGCGACAAGGCCAACUUCAAGAACUUCAAGGCCAAGCCCUUCAGCAUGGCCGAGUUCUACAACCGCACGGGCCACGACCUGACCGACAUGCUGCUGCAGUGCUCCUUCCGCGGUGCCAACUGCACCGCCCGCAACUUCACCGUGAUCUUCACCCGCCUGGGCAAGUGCUACACCUUCAACUCGGGGCAGCCGGGCACCGAGCUGCUGACCACGCUGCAGGGCGGCGCGGGCAACGGCCUGGAGCUGAUGCUCAACAUCCAGCAGGAGGAAUACCUGCCCGUCUGGGGGGACACCGACGAGACAUCCUACGAGGCGGGGGUGAAGGUGCAGAUCCACAGCCAGCAGGAGCCCCCCUUCAUCGACCAGCUGGGCUUCGGGGUGGCGCCCGGCUUCCAGACCUUCGUCUCCUGCCAGCAGCAGCGGCUGGUGUACCUGCCCCCGCCCUGGGGGGACUGCAAGGCCACCCCCAUCGAGUCCGACUUCUUCACCAACUACAGCAUCACCGCCUGCCGCCUCGACUGCGAGACGCGCUACCUGGCCGAGAACUGCAACUGCCGCAUGGUGCACAUGCCGGGCAACGCCAACGUCUGCACACCGGAGCAGUACAAGGAGUGCGCCGACCCUGCGCUGGACUUCCUGGUGAAGAAGGACAGCGAGUACUGCGCCUGCCGCACGCCCUGCGACAUGGUGCGCUACGGCAAAGAGCUCUCCAUGGUGAAGAUCCCCAGCAAGGCCUCCGCCCGCUACCUGGCCAAGAAGUUCAACAAGACCGAGCAGUACAUCGCGGACAACGUGCUGGUGCUGGACAUCUUCUUCGAGGCCCUGAACUACGAGAUGAUAGAGCAGAAGAAGGCGUACGAGGUGGCGGGACUGCUGGGCGACAUCGGGGGACAGAUGGGGCUCUUCAUCGGCGCCAGCCUCCUCACCAUCCUGGAGAUCUUCGACUACCUGUACGAGGUGUUUCGGGACAAGCUCCUGGGCUUCUACAAGGACAAGAAGCGGAUGCGGCGGAGCAGCAGCAGCACCCUGGAGCAUCCAGCCGUGCCGGGCAGCCCCGCCGCCGCGCUCCCGCCCGGGCCCAGAGUGCCUGCCGCCCCCUGCGCAGCCACGCGGACGGUGUCGCCUUCGCCCCGAACGUGCUACCUCGUCACCCGGCUGUAGGCGCCCUGGAGGAGUUCGCCUGCUGAGGGGCCCGGCCCCGCACCCCCGGCCGGCCGG